GGCAGACCAGACCGAAGAUGCGCCGCCUGGCAGACGCGAAGCCGCUGCCGCCGGGAGCCGACCAGGAGCCCGCGGAUGAAGAAGCAGGUGACGCAGCCGCCAGUCUGCCGCCGGCGACCAGCGCCGCCGCCACGCGCGGCGCGGCCAGCACCAAGCCGAAGAAGAUGCGCCGCCUGGCAGACGCGAAGCCGCUGCCGCCGGGCGCCCAGUUGCAGGGCGAGCCCGACGGGGCCGCCGCCAGCGCCGCCGCCGCCGCCGCGGCUGGCGCGCAGGCGGCCAGCUCCGGAUCGGCGCCGCCGCCGCCCGCCGCGCCGCCCGCUCCUGCUGCGAGGCAGUCCGCGCCGCCCCCGCCGCUGCUGCGUCGACGUCCCUGUGCCUUCGUCAACGCUCGGCAGUCAUGCUACAUGAACUCGUUGCUGCAGGCGCUCUUCCCGCUGGUCCCAGUGCGGCGCGCUGUCCAAACGGCGCUGGGCGCGCUGGGCCCCGCGCCAGAGGAAGGCCUCGCCGAGCUGUUUUACCGUGGGAACAAGCUGGUGGGGGCGGCGAUAGCAGCCCAUAACCCCAUCAGGGCGAUCGUGCCGAAUCUCUUCAUGGACAGGCAUCGCGACCGGCAAGAGGACGCCCGGGAGUUCUUGCAGCUCAACCUGUUGCAGAACGAUGGCCCGUUGCUCGCGGACCUCUGCCGCGGGCGGGACGCGCCGCCGCUGUCGUGCCCGACGUGCCCUACGUCCCGGAACUCAAGCGGCGCAGAGCCUUUCGCGCUCCUCUCUCUGCCGCUGGUGGGCGCGGGCGGCCUCCUGACUUUCCUGUCGGUGCGCGCUGCGCUCGCCGCUUGCCUCGACGAUCCCUUCCCCGUGCAGGUAGACGACUGGCAGUGCGAGUGCUCGGGCCUGGCCUUGCGACGCGCCGAAGUUCUCAAGACGCACCGCAUCGCGGAUUUCCCG